AAAGCCCUUCGUAGCGUCCACAGGGCGCCGCGUCCGUGCUGUGGUUCCUGCCGCCCUGGAGUGUGCGGGGGCGGAGGGAGGGAGGCGGAGAGAGAUCAGAUGUAGCAGCCGGAGUGAGACUGCGAGACAGAGAGAGAGGGUAGAGGGAAGAGAGAAAGAAAGAGAAAGCCGCCCCCCCCCCCCACGUCCGGUCUGAAGGCAGGAAGGAGUGACCGACCUGGGUAUCGGGGCGGCUCGGACGAUGGGCAGCCGCGGCUGGAGCAGUAUGGCCAGCCUGGCGCUGAGCGUCGGCGCGCUUCUGCUGCUCACAACCGCGAUCUUCACCGACCACUGGUACGGCACGGACACCCGCCGGCAUCGGCAGAGCUGCGGCGGUCCGGGGCAGCGGCGGCUGAUGCCCAUGUCGAGCCUGCCGCUGCGGGAAGCCCCCGAACCGCUGCCCCCGGGAGUCCCGGACUCGCCCACCGCCUGGCGCUCCGUGCUGAGACUGGGGGUCCUGGAGUCGGACUGUGCGCGCCCGCUCUUCGCCACCCACACCGGGCUGUGGAGGAAAUGUUAUUACCUGGGCGUGGACCCCGAUAUCGAUCAUCUCGUCUCCAGAGGAAUUGCACAGAGAUGCACAUCUGUCAAGUAUCAUUACUCCCAGCCCCUUCGUCUGAGAAAUAUUCCCUUCAACCUCACCAAGACUAUCCAACAGGACGAAUGGCACCUACUGCAUCUGAGGAGGAUCACAGCUGGGUUCCUGGGCAUGGCCGCCGCUGUCCUGCUCUGUGGUUGCAUUGUAGCCUCCAUGAGCUUCUUCUGGGAAGAAAGCCUCACUCAGCACGUGGCAGGUCUCCUCUUCCUAAUGACAGGAAUCUUUUGCACAAUUUCUCUUUGCACCUUCGCAGCCAGCAUUUCUUAUGACCUGUCACGCCAGCCAAAAUUUAUCUACGGGCUCCCGAGCGAUGUUGAUCAUGGUUACAGCUGGUCCAUGUUCUGUGCCUGGACCAGCCUGGGGUUAGUGAUGAUAGCAGGCUGUCUGUGCACUGCCUUUCCUUUCCUUAACAGAACCAAGACAAUCCAUCAAAAGUCCAUCAGAGAUUCCUCUGUCUGAGAAA